AUGGGGUUUCUUGAGUUUCUGUCGGCCCUCUUCGGCAUCAUGUAUUUCACGGCGUGGUCGGUGAGCUUUUAUCCGCAGCCCUUGCUCAGCUACAGGCGCAAGACGACGUCGGGGACCACUGUCGACUUUCCACUGCUCAACUGCCUGGGCUUCGCCGCCUACCUGGCCUCCAACCUGGCCUUCUACUACUCGCCCCUGAUUCGGGCUCAAUACGCCGCCCGAUACAAGGGACUGACACCCACCGUGGCUUUCAACGACAUCACGUUUGCUGCACACGCCCUCGUGCUGUCGGUCGUCAUGACCAGUCAGUACUUGUAUCCCCGCGCAUGGGGGUUUCUCCCCAGCAAAGGCAACCGGCCUAGCCGCUUCGUCUUGGGUAUCUGUUCUGGCUGCAUACUUGGUGUUGCCGCUGUCAUCUUCAUUGUGCUCGGCUCCCCGGAACGGGACAGCACCCAAGAAGCCGUCUCGUCGUGGGUUUGGCUCGACGCCAUCUACGCCAUCUCCUACGUCAAGCUGAUCGUGACCGUCAUCAAAUACACGCCCCAGGCCAUCUUCAACUACCGCAACCGCUCCACGAGAGGCUGGAGUAUUAUCGGAAUCCUCCUUGACCUUUCGGGAGGCAUCUUGAGCAUUGCCCAGCAGUCCAUCGACAGCUAUCUCCAGCGCGACUGGUCCGGCAUCACUGGCAACCCAGUCAAGUUCGCCCUGGGCAACGUGUCCAUAAUCUACGAUUUGAUCUUUAUCACACAGCAUUAUGUGCUUUACCGGGAUGCUGAAGAGAAGCCAGGCGAGCGCGACUCGCUGCUGGGCACCGACGAGGAGAGCAGGAUAAAUUGA